AUGUGCAAGUUUAGACUGGAGCUGUAUUUGUUUGGGAAGACUAUGGAUAGGUACCAGAGCUGGCAGCAGAGCUGUUUGAAUGCCGUCCUCCUUGUGCUGCUGUGGAACAGCAUUUCCCAUGCACAGAGGGACUGCACGGGUGCGGAGUGCCAGCCCCUGGACAACUGCAUUGAGGACGUGCUGGAGCCUGGCGAGUGCUGUGCCACAUGUCUGCAGCACGGCUGCACAUGCGAAGGCUACCAGUACUACGACUGCGUCAACGUGGGCUUUAUCAACGGCAAAGUACCUGAAGGGCAGUCUUACUUUGUGGACUUUGGAAGCACUGAGUGCUCGUGCCCCAAGGGAGGAGGCAAGAUCAGCUGCCAGUUCAUGCUGUGCCCAGAGCUGCCCCCAAAUUGCAUUGAUGCGGUGGUGCCAGCUGACGGGUGUCCUCAGUGCGGGAGAAUAGGUUGCCUCCAUGAGGGCCAGAAGUAUGUAGCGGGGCACACCUUCCACAUGCCCCCCUGCAAGGUUUGCCAUUGCCCGAACGCUGGUGGCGAGCUGAUGUGCUACCAGCUUCCAGACUGUAACACGUUCACCUUAAACACUGCAAGUCCAAUAGACGCUGAAGAUAGCGAACCGGAGCGGCACUACGACGAUCCGUACAGCUACGACCAGGAGGCACCAGAAGGUGACAACACCCAGGUGGAGUCUCCAAAAAAAUACACGAGUUAUGCAUCCCACCUAGAGCAAGAGAGCAUCAGCCAAGAGCAAAGCGAGGAUUAUGACUACCUACCAGCCAGUGUUGCUCCUUCAGCUUUGGCUUCGGCAGAUCCGUACACCGAGGAAACGGCUGCGCCACUCACCACACCAGCGCCUAAGGUCCCCUCUGAAGUUCGCAGCGCCACAGAGAGAAGUGAGCGAAAGAGGGUGCUCCGCACCACUGCAGCAUCCCUCCAGCAAGUGAUGCGGAAGGAAGCACCAGUAACCACCAGUGCUCCUGCAGAGCACACAACGGCCACCACUGAGACAGCCAAACACCUGGAGGAAUUGGAGAGGAGACCAAAGGCGAAGCAAGGGGACAAAGACAGGCAUGAGCAAGAAAGAGCCCCCCACUCUAAAAUGAAAAAACAUGCCAGAAAAGAAGACCCAGGGAACAGCAUGUAUCUAGGCUUGAAAGAGGUGAAUUUAACAGAGCCGAGUUGGUCAAAAUCUUCCCGUGAACCGCACGAGGGAAACACCUUUCCCAAAGUGAAGUUCAGUGCAACAACCUCUCCUCCUGUUGCUCUAAAGGAAGACCGUAGUCAGCCAUCCCAAAAGCUGUCACAGACGCUUUAUCGUUACCAUCCCGAGGAAGAUGGGGAUCCCAACUCCAUUCACGCUAACCCCAGGUUACCAGAAGGUAAGAACUACUUCCGGUAUAGAUGCCUGGAGAACAUUUGCUCGCAGUAA